GUAAGAUUUCAGGUAUGCAGACGCUUAAACAGGCAAUAAUAAUAAAGAGGCCAUGAUUCGUAUAAAUAAGCCAUGAAGGCAAUCCAACAGCAUCAGUUGCCCAGCAACCAGCAUAGCUACAAGAACCUGUCUUCAAUUCUGUUUACAAUACCUCACACCAAGAUGUCAACAUACACUUGCACCCAGUUCCUGAACCUAAACUUAAAGGACCUUCCCUCGAUGUCCACUACCGUCACGUUGAGUGCAGCACAUUUUGGACAGCGCGACCUGAACCUGUUCAUCGAAAGUCUGGAAACCAUAACACGCCUGGAGAAGAAGCGGCACGAGUUAUGGCAGCUCCGACAGGCGCAAAAGCUUCAACAGUCGCGCAUACAAGAGCUGAAGGACGAACGCUGCUCCAGUCCAAGCGCGGAAGAGGCAGCCGAUGAGCCGCUUUUGUACCUAGAGGCCAAGUGCAUUCCCUAUGCGGUGUCAGAUUCCUUAAAUGUCGAAAGCAUGUACUUGGCUGGUCUGCCCGAGUACUAUACCUGUGUCGACGAGGCAUAUGAUAGUGGCUCCCUUUCACCACGCAGCAGCGUCAUCUACUGUAGCUGCGGGGGGAACCCCAGUCUGGAUUCAGUCUCUGACGAAUCGGGAGUGUCCGGUUCCGUUUCAAAACCGCCCGUGCGUCCGCGCUCCCAUGUGAUAAAGCAUCGCUCCACGCGAUCCCGCAUUAUCAGCAUGGUGUUGAAAAGGGAGUACGCCAAGACUCCCGUCGAGUACCAAAAAAGUGAGCAAUGCAAAAAGGAUAGGUUGCACCAGUACCCCAGGCUUACAAUCACUCCCAAAAAUUCGACGGAACAGAGUUUUCUGGACAAGGCCCUGCGCUAUCUGACCUUAUAGUUGGUGUCGGAUCCUAGGUCAGCACAUUUCUUUAAUAUUUAUACUUUGAGGCUUAUUAUUAUACAUUUACAUAAAUAAAUUUUAAAUGCAAGAAAUUAUAAAGUUUUUGAUUAUUUUGACUCUUGUGAAAUCAGACGUGUUAAGGUAGCUCCCGAUAUGUUUUCUAAUUGUGAUUUCACUUCU